AUGGGAUACAAGACUGCACUAACUGUUUCACAUGAUCUAGACAGUCUUAGUUAUGGUGAAGUGGUUGGAAUGCUUCAAGCUCACGAGAUGGAGCUUAAUGGAAUUAAGAAACCAAAAGGUAUAGCCUUAACGGUUAGCAGAGACACAUCAGAUCAAGGAGAAGAAGAUGUUGUGAGUUUAUUAGUAAGAACAUUUGAUCGUGCUUUAAGAAGAAUAGAACAAGGUAAUUCACAAAAGAAGACUGGAGUUUUCAAAAAAAUCAGUGAAGAUAAGAAGGCUGAUAUGCAGUGUCAUGAAUGCAAAGGGUUUGGACAUUUCAUUCGUGAGUGUCCAACGAUUAAGCUUCGAGAUGCAAAGUGCACUAUUUGCAGAGGUACAAGACAUACACAGGAGGGAUGUGUGAGUAACCUUAAACACAAGAAAGAGAAGUCUAUGAUAAGUAUUGAAGAUGAUUCAGAUGAUGGUAGCAGUAGUGAAGAAGAACUCAUAAAUCUAGUAGCGAUGGUGGGAAUUACAGAAUUUGAGAAUGGAGAAGAGGUAACUGAUUCUGAAUCGGAAGAUGAGGAAGUUCUUGAUAUUGUUCAGAGUUACAAGGAAGUUCGAGAAACACUCAUUACCUUAGGGAAGGAAAAUCAAGACUUAAUCAAAGAAAAACUUCAUCUUGAAGUUGUGAUCAAAUCACUGCAGAAUGAUUUGGUGGACGAAAAGAAGAUUGCUAAGGAAGCUGUGGAUUUAAUGAAAGAAAAAUUGGUGUUAUCUGCAAAAGCAGACAAGCUAGAGGAAGAGUUAAUUAAAGAGAAGAAGAAAUCCACAGGACUUCAAUCUGAACUUGAUCAGCAGUACAGAAAAAUUCACAUGUUUGCAGGAACAAAGCAACUUGAUAAGAUUUUAAGCUAUGGAAGAACUGAGAAAACUCAUAGAGGGUUGGGUUUUAUUGAGAACCAAGGAGACAAGAAAACAACAACUAACUUUGUUACUGCUAGAAUGCACCAAUCUGAUUUGAAAGCAUCAACAUCCGCAUCUGAGAAGUUUUCAGACAAGCUAGAGGAAGAGUUAAUUAAAGAGAAGAAGAAAUCCACAGGACUUCAAUCUGAACUUGAUCAGCAGUACAGAAAAAUUCACAUGUUUGCAGGAACAAAGCAACUUGAUAAGAUUUUAAGCUAUGGAAGAACUGAGAAAACUCAUAGAGGGUUGGGUUUUAUUGAGAACCAAGGAGACAAGAAAACAACAACUAACUUUGUUACUGCUAGAAUGCACCAAUCUGAUUUGAAAGCAUCAACAUCCGCAUCUGAGAAGUUUUCAGGCUGCUAUUUUUGUGGAAAAUUUGGACAUUAUAAACGUUAUUGCUCUAAAUUCUGGGCAAGAGUCUAUGGUUUAAAGCGACAAGGGAGAUUUUUCUGGAAUGGGUUUAGGAGACAGGUUUGGAUGAAGAAGAAUGACAUGUAUCAAACAGAAGCAAUAUCAUCAGGAUUUAGAUGCAACAUGGCUAUGAUUACUGAGGAACAUGAAGAUUCUGAGCCUUGGUUCUUUGAUAGUGGGUGUUCAAGGCAUAUGACAGAAACUAAGAGUAAUUUGCAGAAUAUUAAGAAACUGAAAGGAGGCAUAGUAACCUUUGGAGAUGGAAGUAAUGGUUACACUCAAGGUAAAGGCACAACACGUGAUACAGAACUUCCACCACUAGUAAAUGUCUACGUGGUACAAGGAUUGCGAGCGAAUUUGAUAAGUAUCAGUCAGUUGUGUGAUGAAGGCUUGACAGUUAUGUUUACAAAGAUAGACUGCAAAGCGGUUGAUGAAUCAGGCAGUGUCAAGCUCUAUGGUGUAAGGUCAGGGAACAAUUGUUACAUGUGGCAGAGAAAUUCGUUCAAAUGUUUUAGUGCACAAGGAAGUCUAGAUCUCUGGCACCAACGACUGGGUCAUAUGAAUGUAAGGAACUUAACUACUCUUGUUAAUAAAGAGAUCAUUCGAGGAGUACCUAAGCUUAAAGGAGAAGAAAAUAUGGUUUGUGGACCUUGUAAUCAAGGAAAAUAA